AUGUCCAAUUUCUCUGUUGUCCUUAUCGUGGUAGUGAUAACUUUUCACGAUGGUCAGUGUUUCUCAUCUGGGGGAACUGUUUACACCCGAUGGGGCCGCACGACGUGUCCACCGACAGCAACCAUUAUUUAUUCAGGUUAUGGUGGAGGAACUCAUCGCCAGCACCAAGGAGGUGCAGUUGAACCGCUCUGUUUACCGACAAAUCCAGAGUGGGGAUGGUGCCAUAACAAUGAGUCAGACUACUCCAGAGGACUGGUAUAUGGAGCUGAAUACAAACUUUUCAAAGAUGUCAUAAUGCCUAAGGCUUAUCUCUACAACGGUGAAGUGCCGUGCGUGGUCUGUAGGACUCAAAACGACAAGUCCGUCUUAGUUAUUCCAGCAAGAAAAACUUGUUAUGAGGGAUGGAAAGUAGAAUACUGGGGAUAUCUGAUGUCUGGAAAAUACCGUCAGCCCUCUUCCUCCACCUUCACCUGUAUGGAUGCUGAACCUGAGGCUCUGGGAAGGAUAGGACCGGGCUCGGGCGACAUUGAAGAACUAUUUGGUAUUAAAGUUGCCACCAGAUGUUCGGCUAUUAAUUUCACAGAUGACAAGAAAACUACUAGGGGGAUGAAGCGUAAAACGCAGACCCCAGGUAAUCUCAGAAGCAGGACUGUCUCGAGCAAUGUUAUAGAUGAGGGAGAGACAUAUGCCCCCAUAUUGGAAAUUAUUUCACACUUGGAAGCUGGUGCCAAUGUUGAAGUCAACAGGUUCCUCAAGACUGGUUCUAAGGAGGUAAUGUUGGCAGAUUGGGAAUCACCGUUGGUUCUUUGUCCAUCCAAGGAGCAAGUUGAUGGAACUGCUGCACCUUCAAACGAGACAAGCAGUCACAUAGAAUAUUUUCCUUGGUACCCAGAUGCCUAG